CCAGAGCGCAAGUCGCUCGAACGGCCACUCUCGAUCCUUUCCCUUCAUUUUCCCCGAGGUCGCGUUGUGUGGUACACACAGACACAAUCCAUUCUUUCAAUCUGCACCGAACUCAUCACAAUGGAACGUUACCAUAAGAUAGAAAAGCCAGGCUCCAAUCUCGGUGAAGGAACGUAUGGUGUGGUAUACAAGGCCCUUGAUCGUCAGACGGACGAGAUUGUUGCCCUCAAGCGUAUCCGAUUGGAAGUCGAAGACGAAGGCAUUCCCUCGACGGCUCUCCGUGAAAUAUCUCUGUUGCGGGAACUUUCGCACCCGAACAUUGUCGACUUGAAGGACUGUGUUCAGGAAGAUGGCAAGCUUUACCUCGUUUUCGAAUUCCUUGACAAGGAUUUGAAAAAGUACAUGGAAAGCUGCACCGGACUACUCUCGAAGGCUUUGAUCAAGUCGUAUACGUUCCAGUGUCUCCGGGGUUUGGCGUUCUGUCAUGCGCGUGGUGUCAUGCACCGUGACCUGAAGCCACAGAAUCUCUUGGUUACAAGGGACGGGUGUCUUAAGAUAGCGGACUUUGGUCUAGCCCGGGCCUUCUGCCCUCCGAUCCGUCCUUUGACACACGAAGUUGUCACUCUGUGGUACCGCCCUCCCGAGAUCUUGCUUGGUUCGCAGACGUAUGCUCCUCCGAUGGACGUUUGGGCUAUCGGAGCGAUCCUCGUUGAGAUGAUCACCAAGCGCCCUUUGUUCCCGGGAGAUUCGGAAAUUGACCAGCUGUACAAGAUUUUCCGUCAGUUGGGAACUCCACGGGAAGAUGUUUGGCCGGGCGUGACCCAACUACAGGAUUGGAGUACGACUUUCCCCGUUUGGUUCAAGUCUCCCUUCUCGCAGAAUGUCUUGGAAAACUUGGAGCCAGCGGGAUUGGAGCUGUUGGAAACCAUUCUUGCGUACGAUCCCAAGGAUCGUAUCACGGCGAAAGAAUCUCUCGAUCACGCUUAUUUUGAUGACUUGGAUAAGGAAAACAUCUGAUUAUGAGCGCGAGCGAAAAACGAUUCCGUGGCGUCGCUUCCGUCCCACCCGAGAUUGGCUCCCAGGUCCGACGAUGUGCGGCGAACAGACUGUAGAAGGAGGCACUUCCCCGUGCCCUCCUGCAUAUGGUGGUAGACCAUAACACUACCAAAGUCU